UGGUACCUCGAUGCGGAGCGUGCUUCCAUCCACGAGCGAAAAAUCACCUUUCGAACGCGAAAAAACGUGCAUCGCUAUAAAUAGAGGAGGGGCUUUCGGCUCGGCUGCACUCAGUCUUCUGCAGUGAUAGUGAUUAGAUUGUGGUGAAAUCGAACCUGCUGACCGCAACAUGAAAGGGUUCGUGCCAUUGAGUUUUGUCCUGUCGAUUACCUACAUCGGUCUGGCCGUCGGCGAGGAGCAGCUGAAAUCCGACCAUCCGAAGCACUCAUAUAAUACGGCCAAUUCCAUCGGGUCUACCGCCAAGCCGGACCUGUUCUUCGGCAAGUAUCAGCCUGAGCCGGCCCUGUUCCAGCAGCGCUACCAGGCCAGGCCCCAGCAACUGCAGCAGGCCGUGCCUUACAACCAUCAGCCGGAUGGGGGGCCCUUCCAGCAGCUGCGGAAGCCUUUUGGAAUGGGGCAGCAACAAACCCCCAUCGCUAUGGUGAUAAUCGCGCAGCCUGCCUACAUUCCAGCAAGCAUGCUGCAGCAGGGAAAUGUGGCUCAGCAACUGCUGCAGUAUUUUCAAGGGGGCAACAGUCAGCUGAAAUAUCAAUACGUGCCAGCCAACCACCAGCCUUUCUACCAGUCCGAGCAGCCUCCUCAGCAAUUCGGUCACUAUCAGCAGCCUCAAGCGGAGGAGCCGGACUAUUCGCCAGUUGCUCAAGCGCAAACCUCGCAGUUCUACCCGCAUGAGGCAUUGCCCUCUCCCCAGGCCUUGGUGAGCCAACAGCCCCAUCAACUGAGCCAAAGCCAGAAUAACCAGCUGAGCCAAGUGCAUCCCCAGGCCAUUGAUUUCCAGCCGCAAAGGCUGCAGCAGCUGGACGAGCCGCCGCAGCAGGAUGGGGCUGGUCCAGACUUUUCCCAGCUGGCGCAGCAGGCUGCCCAGCACUUUAUUAGUAGCGGGGGGCUGAAUUCGGGCGGCCGAACCGCUCCCGCGAUCAUCACGGGAUUGGAGCAUUUCUCGCCUGAGCAGCAGGAGAAGAUCAAGAAGCAGCUGAGCGCCCACUUUGGAUCGCCUUUAAAGCCGCUCAGCCUAGAGGGGCAGGAGGCUGUGAACAGGCAGCAGGAGCAGGAAAAGAGGCAGAGGGCGCAAACGUUUGUGCCCAGCAUUCAGGUUAAGGACGGUGAAAUCACGCAGAGCAAAAUGUAGAGUCAGGGACUUUCUAAUCGUAGUCAUUGUUGUUAAGUAGUUUUAAGAGCGCAAAACACCACGUUGUUGUGGUUGUUGUUAACGAAUGAAGUCCUUUGUACAUACUUCCUCACUGUUGUUGCCCCCAUUUCCCCAUAUUUAUAAACUAAAUAAUAAACUUGUUUCGUUGA